UCUCUCUAUUUGUGUUUCUGUCACUACCACUCCAGCAUGGCCCAGCAGGGAGUUGUGCUGGACCAGGACCAUUUCUGCUGUUCCAUCUGUCUGGACCUCUUAAAGGAUCCUGUCACCCUCCACUGUGGUCACAGCUACUGUAGCAGCUGUAUCGAGGGCUGCUGGGACCAGGAUGAGCAGAAGGGAGUCUACAGCUGCCCCCAGUGCAGACAGAGCUUCACUCUGAGGCCUGCUCUGAAGAGGAACAACAUGCUGGCUGAGGUGGUGGAGAAGCUGAAGGAGACAGGAGGAGCCCAGGCUGCCCCCUCUGAGCUGACCAGUCCAGCUGGGCCAGGAGAGGUGACCUGUGACCUCUGCACUGGGCCCAGGAAGCAGAGAGCCCUCAAGUCCUGUCUGAUGUGUAUGGUGUCCUACUGCCAGACUCACCUCCAGCCCCACUACCAGGUUCCUGGGCUGAAGAAACACAAGCUGGUGGAAGCCACGUCUGGACUGCAGGAGAUGAUCUGCUCCAGUCAUGACAAGCUGCUGGAGGUCUUCUGUCGGACAGACCAGCAGUGUAUCUGCUAUCAGUGUGUUAUGGAAAACCAUAAAGGCCAUGACACAGUGUCAGUCAAAGAUGAGAGAGAGAAGAAACAGAACAAGCUGGUCCUGAGUCAGCAGGAAGUCCAGCAGAGAGUCCAGCAAAGAGAGGAGGAGCUGAAGGAGCUCCAACAGGCUGUGGAGUCUCUGAAGCUCUCUGGCCAGGCAGCAGAGAAGGACAGUGAGAGGAUCUUCACUGAGCUGAUCCGCUCCAUUGAGAGAAGGCGCUCUGAGGUGAAGGAUCUGAUCAGAGCCCAGCAGGGGGCAGCAGUGAGUCAGGCUGAAGGACUGCUGGAGAGACUGGAGCAGGAGAUAGCUGAGCUGAGGAGGAAAGAUGCUGAACUGGAGAAGCUCUCACACACAGAGGACAACAUCCACUUCCUCCAGAACUACCAGUCUCUCUCCAGUACCAGUGUAUCUUCAGAUGUCCCCAGCAUCUCUGUUCCUCCUCUUCAGUACUUCAAACAUGUGACUGAGGUGGUCUCUGAGCUGAGAGACAAACUAGAGGAGCUGAUCCAGAGAGAGUGGUCCAACAUCUCCACCACAGUGGAUGUGUUCCUGCCUCCAGAGCCCAAGACCAGAGCAGACCUCUUACCAUAUUCCUGUCAGCUCACACUGGACCCAAACACAGCACAUAGAAACCUCUCUCUGUCUGAGGAGAACAGGAAGGUGACAUGUCUAAACCAGGAGCAGCCAUAUCCUGUCCAUCCAGAGAGGUUCACCUUCUACCCUCAGGUGCUGUGUAGAGAGGCUCUGUCUGGACGCUGUUACUGGGAGGUGGAGAGGACAGGUGACUAUGUUGACAUAGCAGUCUCGUAUAAAGACAUCAGCAGAACAGGCGGUAACUCUUACUUUGGUAGCAAUAACAUAUCCUGGAGGUUACGCUGCUCUAGUGAUGGUUACACGUUCAGACAUAACAGUGUUGAUACUGCAGUAUCAGGCCUUCAGUCCUCCAGAGUAGGAGUGUACCUGGAUCACAAGGCAGGUACUCUGUCCUUCUACAGUGUCGUCUCUGACACAGUGACCCUCCUCCACAGAGUCCAGACCACCUUCACCCAGACACUCUACCCUGGGUUUAAUGAUUAUUGGAACUGUGAUGGCAGUGCAGAGAUUAUGAAGCUGUGGUAGAGGGUCUUGUAGAGGAGUGAUACCUUCAUACCAUCAUACAGAACCCUGUUACUGGUUUAGUUGGUUUAUAAUCAUUUUAAUUUUGUUCCAUAAUUCCUGCUUUUUCACCUUCAUGAUUGUAAAUGAUCAUUUAGUCUUGGCUCUACUGGACAAUAGAAAUCACUUUCUACUUCCUGUCCUGCUACUCAGUAAAUACAGUUUUAACUAAUGAUGUGUUGUAAUGUUUGGGUACAUGUGCUAAUCACUAUUGAGAUGGACGUGUUUAUGACUGCUGUUGUUUAAGUGAUCGGUUCACAAUUGUCCCUCUGCUACUUUGAACUCCUGCUGGUUAUAAUGGAUGUGAACAGCUGAAUAAAGACAUGUGAAGCUGAAAGACAUCUCUCAUUAUUCAUACUAUAAGAAGGAUUUGUGCUCAUGACUCACUUCUAUAGUUUUUUGUCUUUCUCCAGUUCUUCCUUCUAUCCCUCUUUUAGUGUUCCCUUCCCUCCCUCUCCUCCUCCCCCUCUCUCCGACUCCCCCUCUCUGUUCUUCUCUCCCUCUUUCUCUCUCAAUGCAAUGCUGCACAUUCACCACUAGAGGGCAUUUGGUUGCAAAUGACUCUCACAGAAACCUGGACCAACACAUUGACAGACUUUAGUCAAUAAGUUAGGUUUAGAACAUGAUGUUAUCUGUUCUGACAUACAGUGUGAAAGCAUUGGUAUAUUGGGAAGUAAAAAUCUAUUGUUUUGGUCUUGGUUGAGCUUGUUCAAGCAUAGGGUCAAGCAUUGUAAAUUUGUGUUUAUGCAUUUUGUGUCAAAGCAACAAGAAAUGUGUUAAUUGUAUAGCCAACACAGACGGGUGUUGUGCUAACUGUGUCAAGAGUUUAGGAAACUUGUUAAAAGUAUUGAAAAUACUGUAACAAAAGUAAAUGUAUUUAUUAUAACUUUUUUGGUAUUUUUGUUUCUUAAUCCUUGCUUUCAUUCAUUAUUUUACAAUCUCUACCUGUCAUAGUGAAUCAC